AUGGGCUACGACUACCCGUGUCGUUGUGGGUGUGGCAACUGGUACCUUUACGAGUCUGCCCGCAACCAGCAUGAAAUCGACAACGAAUACUACUGCGCCCCUUGCUGCAGGAAGUUCAUGAACUACAACAACAUCCAGCAGCACCUCAACUCCCGUCUUCACCGCGGCCAAAACGUUUUGUGCCCAUUCUGCAAGCGUGGCUUCACCACUGCGACGGGACUCACCCACCACCUGGAACGGAACAGCUGCCCAAAGGCUGACAUUGGCCGCGACAAGCUUUACAACUUUAUCCGCAACAAGGACCCCGAAGGUGUCUUCUCCAAGAAGCUCAUCGGUUACGGAGGCACCGAGCAGUGGACCGCCACCGACAAGGCCUGGAACGGAAGUGCGUGGGAGUGCUACCUCUGCAACCGCACCUUCCGCACUUCCAGGAGCCUGAACCAGCAUCUCAACUCUCCUAUCCACCAGCACGCUUUGUACCACUGCCCCAAGUGUCACCAAGACUUCACUACCCUCGCUGCUGUUAUCAACCACUUUGAGAGCGAGUCGUGCGGCUUCACCCGCUUCCAGAGGGUUCAGGAUUCGAUGGCCGACCUCAUCAGCAGCACUCGCCGUCUUACGUUCUAG